AUGAAACUUCGUGGCGUGCUUCGAGCGCCCAAACAGCCAGCUGGACAGCAUACCAUUGGCACCAAGUGGGUAUUCAAUAUCAAGCGGAAAGCUGAUGGAUCCAUCGAGAAAUACAAGGCGCGUCUCGUGGCAAAAGGGUUCAAGCAGAAAUAUGGCAUCGACUACACGGAGACGUUUUUGCCGGUAGUCAAGUACGUGACGCUGCGCAUGGUAGUUGCAAUCACGAAGUACUUUGACUGGACACUGGACCUACUGGACGUGGUGACAGCUUUGCUAUGCGAAGAGAUGAAGGAAAAGGUAUUCUGCGCGAUCCCAGAAGGGGUCGAAGUUGAUGAAGACUUUGACUGCUUCGAAUUGUUGAAGGCGAUCUACGGACUAAAACAAGCAUCGCGCAUUACAAGUGGCGAGUGCGUGCUUUUGCUGGUAUACGUCGAUGAUGUGUUGGUGACUGGCAGCUCGACCGAACUGAUUAUGCGCACCAAGAGUGGCUUGAAGGCGCGUUUCGAAAUGACUGACAGCGGCAAGUGCGCAUUCGUGUUGGGCAUCGAGCUGGUGGACAACGACAACGGUAGCGUGACGAUGUGCCAGCGACGCUACGUGGAAGAUGUUCUCAAGCGUUUUGGCAUGAGCGACUGCAAAGCCGUCACCAGCCCAACAGACAUCAGUUCUUGA